AUGGGCUGGUGGUGGUCAUCCUCUCCCCAGAAAGACGAAUUGUCGUCUCCGGCUGCGACUCCAGCCCGCGACACAGCGCAAUCGAGGACUUUAACGCGAGACGAGCAACAGGCGGAGGACGAAUUCAAGAAGUUGUUCGCUGCAUUUGAGAGCAGCAAUGCCAAUAAGGACAAUGCGACAAGCCCAAAAUCAUUAGAUCCCUCAUCCUCGACCCCCACUACCGAAUCGUCCGCAGAUCAACAACCACAACCCUCCUCAAUAGCCCCCGAAUCCCUCUACCAAGAUACCAUGUCCUGCCGCUCCGCAUUCGACUAUGCGUUCUUCUGCCAAUCCUUCGGCGGCCAAUUCGUCAACGUCUACCGCUAUGGUGAACUGCGCUCAUGCAGCGAGCACUGGGAUAAUUUCUGGCUCUGCAUGCGGACCCGGUCAUGGGGGGAGAAUGAGCGGAGGAAGGCGAUUCGGGACCAUAAUCGCAAGAAGGCGAUCAAGUACAAGACCGGACCGAGUAGUGAGGAUGUGUGGGAUAUGAGGACGCAUCCUGUGCAAAAUGCGUUCCAGGGGGAUUUUGUUGCUUUGGAGAGGGAGAUGCAGGCUGAGGAGGAAGCCGGUAGUGCUGGGGCGCGUGUUUAG